CCAUCGCAGGAAAGUGGUUACCCCAAGAUGCAACAACAAGAUUCUACCCCUCCAACACCCACGGGUGAUGACGAAAUCGCCGUGGAUGUGGAUGAUAGAGCAAAUUGGCUUCAACAAGUGGCCGUUUAAACUCUUACCCUGCCUUUUUCCAACCCUCCCCCCUUGUUCAAUUUGGUUUCAAGCUCGUUUUAUGUAAUGCAUCCUAUCUCUCUAUAUCUGUCUGUUCUCAGCCGCCGCUGCUGUUCCAUGGACUAUAGGCCAACCCAACAAAUUUGUUUUGUAUACACUCCAACCCAAGUCAUUUCUGCUCAAAUUACUCACCCCUCUUGUCGUUCAAACAAAGAAGAUCCCCUUCACUUGACACAUAUUUUUUUUUUCUUUCCAAACCGCAACAACAAAUUCAUCCACUCACGCCGUUUCUUGACACCACACCAUUUUCUUCUUCGUUACUUUCUCUCUGCCUUUUACUAUACAUACAACAUGCGUUUUUUCUUUUCUUAUAUAUAUAUACUUACAACCCAUAUAUAUAUCCCUUUGCAAUGAACAUUUUCUACGUUUUUGUGAAUAACUUUUUUUUUUUUUACUCAUUCUUCUCACUUAUAUCAAAGUCUCUAUACAAACUGUCUGUUAUAUCCAUCUGCAAAAGGGGGAGAGGGAAAAAAAGGGUAUUUCCAAAAAAAGUCUUAUGUCUUGCAAUGCAAAUGCAGUGCGGCCUGAAACGCGAGGCUCGGUAUUAGGACUAAGGAGGCUUCGAUACGAUGAUUACGCCGCCGGUGAAUAUUCACUGUUGCAUGGCUGUUAAACGGAGAACCGGAAUGUGACCGAAAAGGUGGAGGAGCGUACCUUGUGGUUUUUCGACGUUAAGGUUAGUGUAAUGAAGCCACCUGAUCUGCUG